AUGGACUGCACAGCUCCCAGGGGGGAAACCUUCCUCUCCCGCCUGCUUCUCCUGACUCAAAUAGUCGUAGCAGUCGAACCACUGAUCCAAGACCUGAAGAACCCCCCCGAAGAUAUGGACUGGUUCUACUCAGGUAGCCUGAACCAGCAGAGCUGGGGUAAGAAGUACCCGUCCUGUGACGGAGCCAGGCAGUCUCCCGUGGACAUCGACGAAACCUUCACCCAAGUCCGGCUGCAGUUCCAGGAUUUGCGGCUGGAGGGGUGGAACAAACCCACAUCAGGAUCCACCAUUCACAACAACGGGAAGACCGUGGCCAUCGAUACGGACGGAGAGUUCUACGUGAGCGGCGGGGGCCUGACGUCCAGGUUCCGCGUGGCCAGGCUGACCUUCCACUGGGGACGCUGCAACGUGACGUCCGGCGGGUCCGAGCACAGUCUCAACGGGAUGAAGUACCCUUUGGAGAUGCAGAUCUACUCCUACAAUCCGGACGACUUCCAAAGUUUGGACGAUGCCGUUCGGGAAGGAGGAAGGCUCACGGCUUUGGCCGUGCUUUUCGAGGUCGGUCUGGAGGAUAACGAGAACUUGAAUCCUGUUCUGGAGGCUGUAAACAGUGUCAGCAGGUUCGGAAAGAGCGGGUCAGUGGAAGCUUUCACCCUGAGGUCACUGCUGCCCAACAACACGGAGAAGUACUACAUCUACAACGGGUCGCUGACCACUCCGCCCUGCUCGGAACUGGUCGAAUGGAUCGUCUUCAAACACACCGUGGCCAUAUCCGAAGCACAGUUGGAGUUUUUUUGCGAGGUGAUGACCAUGGAGCAGGCCGGGUACGUGAUGCUGACGGAUUACCUGCAGAACAACUUCCGGGAGCAGCAGCAGCAGUUCGUGGGCCAGGUGUUCGCCUCCUACACCGGGGUGGAGGAGGUCCUCACGCCCACUUGCAGUUCGGAGCCUCAAAACGUUCAGGCCGACGCCCAAAACGACACCACCAUCGUGGUGACCUGGGAGCGGCCCCGGGCUGUCUACGACACCACCAUCGACUGGUACAGCGUCACCUACCAGAGGCUUCAGGGCGGAGAGCAGAGCAAGACCGAGUACAGGACCGACGGAGACCAAGAUGUGGGUGCCAUCAUUCCAAAUCUGCUGUCCAACUGCAGCUAUGUGGUUCAGGUGGUAGCCGUUUGCACCAACGGCCUCAGAGGACGAUGGAGUGACCAGAUCAUAGUGGACAUGCCGCUGGAAGACCCAGAAAGUGACUCCCCCCCUGAGAUUGCCACAAAGGAGACUAAAAGCCACAGGGAGGACGCGUUUGUUGCCGUAUGGGAGCGGCCAAAGAACCAGAAUCAGGUGGAUUUAGUUCCAGAGGACCACAGCCCAGUGGAGGAGAUCCCAGCAGACCAGACCAAAGUUUACCAGAACCAGCCUUCCCAUCAAAACACCCAGCCCACAGACCGAACCCAAUCGAUCCCCAACGAUCCACUCCAGGACGUCAACCCCGAGACCCCAAAGACCCCCUCAGACUCUGUCGGGCCGCAGAAAACUCAAGUCGGCCAGAACCCGGGAGAGAAACCGGGUAGGAACCGGUCAAAGCUGGACGGCGCCAAUCAGAACCGGAUUGAGGGUGAUCAGCUGAUCCCGGCCAGUCGAGCUUUCACAAAUCCGGGAUCUGACAGCAACAGCGCAAUCUGGGUGACUCAGGCGGCCCAGCAGCCGGGAUUCCUUUUUCCGGUUUCUCAAACGACCAUUCCCGAAUCGACCCGCCGGCAAAUCACCGAGGAGGCUUCUUUGUCAAUGCUGCCACCUCAGUCUGUGGAUCUUGACCUACCAGACCAAGACAUAGAAAAUGGCCUCACAAAAUCAGACCUGUUCACCCCUCCAAUUAAGAACAUCCAAGUCACAGAUAUCUUCUAUGAAGACACAGUCACCAACGCUCCACCGGAAACCAUCCCGGACUCAGCAACGGUAUUGGCUUGGCCAGUCCCAGGUAAUGCUGUAGACGAAGAAUCGUCAUCCUUGUCUGAAGACGGCGAAGCGUCUCCGGACAAACCCCCAUCGAAACCUGUCACGUCAGACUCCUCCCUCCGGUCCUCGGUGUGGGCGGACGGAAAAGCGCCAACCGCCAGCAACGCUCUCGCUAGCUCGGUCUACAAAUCGCUCACCACCUCCUCUUUGCUCCGAGUGCUGAUGCACACAACUCAGCCCAUGUUCAAGGAGGGCAGCAACAGCAGCCACGAGUCUCGGGUCGGUUUGGUUGAAGGCGUGGAGAGGGAGAAGAGGACGGUGGUCCCUCUGGCCAUCGUCUCCACUCUCACCAUCCUCUGUUUGCUGGUUCUGGUCGGCAUCCUCAUCUACUGGAGAAACUGUUUCCAGGCAGCUCACUUCUACCCGGACGACAGCGCCUCGCCAAAGGUGGUGUCCGCCCCGGCCACACCCCUUCUGCUGGCCACAGAUGGCCACGAGCCGCUGACGGUGAAAGAGUUUGUGAAGCACGUCAUGGAGCUGCACAGCAACAACACUUUCUGCAAAGAGUUUGAGAUUGUCAAAGAGUCCUACGAGGAGGUGCAGGCGUGCACGGUGGACAUGGGGAUCACGGCGGACAGCUCCAAUCACCCCGACAACAAAAGCAAGAACCGCUACAUCAACAUCCUGGCCUAUGACCACAGCAGAGUCAAACUCUCCAGCAGUUUGGAGGGAGAUGGGAAAUGCGGCGACUACAUCAAUGCAAACUUUGUGGAUGGUUAUGAGCGGACGAGGGCAUACAUCGCCGCACAGGGACCCCUCAAAGCAGGCAGGGAGGACUUUUGGAGGAUGAUCUGGCAGCAGAACGUUGGCGUUAUAGUCAUGAUCACCAACCUAAAGGAGAAGGGACGGACAAAAUGUGACCAAUACUGGCCAGAAGACAACCAGGAAGAGUACGGCCCUUAUCAGGUGACCCUGAAAAGCACAGAGACGCUUGCUUAUUACACACGGCGGACGUUUGCGGUCAGGGAUUCGACAAACAAGCUGCCUCACAGGAAAGCGGAGCACACGGUCCUCCAUUACCACUACACCCAGUGGCCGGACAUGGGCGUCCCGGAGUACUCCCUGCCCGUACUAUCCUUCAUCAGAGCGUCCUCCAAGGCCCGGACUCAGGACAUGGGCCCCGUGUUGGUGCACUGCAGUGCUGGCGUUGGGAGAACGGGUGCCUACAUCGUGAUAGACAGCAUGUUGCAACAGAUCCAGGACCAGGGGACGGUGAACGUUCUGGGCUUCCUGAAACACGUCCGGACGCAAAGAAACUUCCUGGUGCAGACGGAGGAACAGUAUGUGUUCAUCCAUGAUGCUCUGGUGGAGGCCAUCAUGAGCCGGGACACCUGGGUAACGGCCGAGCUCCUCCACGCUUACGUCUCCGACCUUCUGACCCCGGCGGCCACCGGCCGGACACGCAUGGACAAACAGUUCAAGUUAAUUAGCCAGCGCCAGGCCAAGCACGCUGACUACAGCACGGCGCUGAAGGAUGGCAACGCCGAGAGGAACAGAGCCAGAGCGCUGAUGCCCGUGGAGAGAUCAAGAGUUUCUUUGACUACUUCGGAAACAAACUCCACGGGCUACAUCAAUGCCUCCUACGUUAUGGGACACCGCUGCAGUAAGGAGUUCAUCGUGAGUCAGACUCCGCUGAGCAGCACCGUGGCGGAUUUCUGGAGGAUGAUCUGGGAGCACAGGACACAGACUGUGGUGCGCUUGCCGGACAUGCACGGCCAGGGCGUGGACAGGGACUGUUGCAUCUACUGGCCCAGCAGAGAUCAGCCGAUGAGCUUCGAGGGCUUCUCCGUGUCCCUCUCCGGGGAGGAGCACCUUCCUCUGGCCAACGGCGAGAGGCUCCUGUGGCAGGACUUUACCCUGGAGUCUCUACAGAAGGAUCAGGUCCUGAAGGUCCGACAGUACAGCGCCCCCUGCUGGCCCAACCCAGACGGCCCCAUCAGGAACUGCUUCGGCCUGGUCAGCGCGGUCAGGGAGCACAGCGGGCGCGCGCCGGCCCCCACGGUGGUGCACGAUCCCUUGGGAGGGGUCACAUCGGGCCUGUUCUGCGCCCUGACCACGCUGCUCUGUCAGCUGGAGGCCGAAGGAGCGGUGGACGUCUACCAGGCGGCCAGGAUGACCAACCUCAUGAGGCCCGGGGUAUUUAACGAUGUGGAGCAGUACCAGUACCUGUACCGAGCCGUGCUGAGCCAGGUGAGCAGCCAGGAGGACCAGAAGGCCCUGCAGAGCUCGGAGACCAACGGAUCGGUGCACCUGGGACAGUCCACCAUGGCGGAGAGCCUGGAGUCCCUCAUGUAAAGAGACAGAACGUGCUCUGGCUUUUUUAUCACCCAGUCAAAUCCACGCUUUACUUUUUCCGCGUCUGAGGUCACAACUGUGUCUGCUGAGCAUCCUGACGCUUUAAUAUUUUAAUAUACAAUCACUCUAUUUUACUCCCUGGACCAUUCGCGCUAGUCUUAGCGCUCAUGAUGAAUAGACUACAUCAACAGGAGCUCCAGUGACCACCUAAAAAGCUUUUUUUUUUUUUCAUGAGCGCGCAAGUUAAAGGGAUUUAAAUCCGCUUAUUUUUUCGGUGUUAGCAUGCACAGCAGCCACAGGUCCAGACUCAACCAAACGGCGAGAGCGAAUUUCUGAUGGAAACUCUCACAUCAGAUAAAGAUUUUAAGAUUUAAAGAUUUUUUUUUUUUUUUAAACUGGAACAUCCUCUCAAAGAUUAAAAGAAAGCAUUUUCUGCCCUUCUGCACGGGGUCAGUAAGAGAAUGGAUGACUUUAGUAGUGGUUAAUAAACCUUUGGAUGCAUAGAGUCAGUCACAAAAUAAAACUUUUAAACUAACAGGUUGUAAAACCUCAAUAGCCAGAGAUCAAGUUCAAGUAUUUAACUGAGAAAAAGAGUUGAACUUAACAUCUUGUUCACUAAAAGUAACGUUUUUAACGUCUUUAAACGGACAUUUUUUUCCCAUAUUAAGGGCUGCGACAGGUGUAAAAUGGAUUUAUGUUCAGUAAUCAUCACUUAUUCCCUAGGGACAAUAAGCAGUGUUUACAUGGCGUCAUAUAGUCUGUUAGACAACAGAUUCUUUAAUAAUUCCUCUGAUUUCUUACUUUUGACUCUUAUACAGAUGCUAGAGGGGCAAAAUACAGAGUCCGUUGGUUCUCUCACAGAGAGGCAACAUUUUAGCGUUUUUUUUUUCUUUAAAUAAAGCCCACUCGUGCAAAAAAAAAAAUGUUUAAAUCACUUUUAUAAACACAAAGGGCUGACUGUAGUCCAGAAGUAGAAGAGUAGUCUUUUGCCAAGUAGAAUUUCAACGUUUUGACACUCGGCUUUCCUGGACCAUACGUGGAACUUUCCCUGGGCAGGAUACGGAUCCCCACGUCUUUGUUGUGUUUAGGGUACCAACGUGUAUGAUAGAGACUGAGGAAUACAACCUUUAACAUUACGGAAGGUGUGUGAAAGAGUGAAUGAAACUCAUGCGUCGAGUGUUCGGCUUUGCUAGAAAAGUCUAGUCGAUUAACACAUAAAAAUAAAAGCGACAUUAGCUGGAUUUUACCAGUGUAGAAAGGGCUUGAGUCAAGUAGCAGGUUAUCCAUGGAACAUAUCCUAAUAUAUGUUUGGGUACAUUUUCAGUCGCCCAGGUUCUGGUAAUCCCAAAAGCUUGAAAAAGGGCUAUAGAUAUAUACUGCCAUGCGAAGGGUUGGAGGAUGUAUUCUGAUAUUUGCAAUAACUUGAGUUUAUUUUCUGGAUUCUGACUGGAUUAAAGAAGAAAUCAUCAAAGUAACCAGAAAUAGGGCAAGUCCCCUGGUGUCAUUUUCCCAUUCAUUUCAAUUGGCAGGAGUAAUACCUGCUAGAAGUAUAGGUUAUGAUGCGGGGAUAAAGGUCUGAAAUGAAAAAAACAAACAAACAGUAUAUUCAAAAGCCAGAUAUCAGUGAAAAAAGUAUUUUAAAAAGUGUUUUUACAGUCUGACGACUGAUAUGAAUCGUACCAGUACAUGAUUUAUUAACCACUAGUAAACUCAACAGUAACAGACGGUUGGCGGAACCAAAAAGAAAAGCUUCCUUUAUUUUCCUCUCUAACUAUAUCUGAUUCUGUUCCUCCUGAGGGAACAGGCAGAAGGCUAAACAUCUAAAAAAGAAGUUCAUUUAACCACUUGUUAAACAUGACUCAUUCGAAAUCUAUGUUAUUAGAGAUAAACUACUCCCGAGUGGGCUUUUUUUACCAGUUUAUUUUAAUCGUUUUUUCGCUGUCCAUUUAUUACCUUGUGUUUUUUCUUUUUUUUUUCUCAAAAGUUAAGAUCUUUGAGCAUGGAUAGAUGCCGUAGAACUGAAGUACAAGUGAAGGUAGAAUAGUUGGAUGACUUCAGUGCUAAAAGACAUAUAUUGGAAGAAAUGACAUUUUAAACCAAAUGUUUAUAAUACUGCAAAAGCCAGCAGAUUUAUGUCAAAACUACACUUCAUCGGAAAAAUGUUUGUUCCAAACCCAGAUCUCACGACUGAUAAUGAACUGACUUCUUGCCAGUGCCUUUUUGUAAACCAUGUUGUUGGACUUAAACUCUUAAUAGACACCAAGAUGGGACUAAAAACGUUCCAAAAGACGGAUCACUGCCUUGCAGAGUUAAUCCAUUUCACAUGUUUUGUUAAAGAAAUAUGCAAUUUGAGAUUUUAACGUGUUUUAUUUUCCCCCGUCAGUGUGGAAAUGGCAGCAAAACUUUUCAGGAGCUCCAAACGAAAAAUGUACACGUUUCUUGUUUAUGCCCUAUAAUUCAGACGAGACUGUUUUAAGUGUGACAAACCUUCUGUUUAUAGACAAUUUAUAGCGGAGAGAGGAGAAUCACUAAGCGGACUGUUGUUUGUUUCUGAAGACAUUGUGUGAAGACAGGGUCGAGCAACCACUAAAUCACUUUAAAAACAACGAGGCAGCUUCUCUCAGAGUAUGAUUUGUUGUUUUCAGCUCAUCGGGAGAUGCCAAACAGCAUAGAUCCCAAACUAAACCGCAGACCCUGAUCCCUAUUUUUUCCCUUCACUGGCAUCAGACUUUGUAAAUAUAACCCUGAAGGGCCAAAAUUACUGUAUGUUUAUACUGUACCUCUUUAUAUUUUCUAUUUUACUAUAAAAAAAGAGUGAUUUUCUAGUCAUUUACACACACACAAAACCCACAAAUGUGGAUUCUAUUUGAUAAUGUUAGCCCAGAAUUAUUGAUCAUGUUUAUAGUUUUAAUGGAAUGUUCUGGAAUAUCUCUUUAUCUGUAUGUUUACUGUAGCAGCUCCAUGUCUGUACUUUUUAUCUCCAGUAAAAAAGCUGGUGCUGUAUAAAUAUAUAUAUAUAUACACACAUAUAUAUAUAUAUGUGAAAUACAUAUACAGCAACAGGAUUAAAGAUUAGUUUGAAACCU